ACCCACCUGAUAAUGUACUGUUUCUAGUAUUUAUUUUGAGUAGUUCGUAAAUUGAAUUGAGUUUGUUUUCGUGAGACUCGCAGAAAAAUCUUUUCGGGGAGAAGAUUCUAGAAUUCAUGUUGUUUAAAAGAAUUUUGUAAACUCUUUGCUGCAAAUCUGAUAAAAGCAAGAUUUUUUUUUAAAAAAAACUUUUUUGUCGCAGAUGCAGUUCGAAAAAGAAAGUAAAGAUUGAAGUGUAGGAAGAGUGGGAGGUCAAUUAUUUGACCUAAAAGAUGGAAAUAUUCAAUCAAGUGCGGCUGCUGUUAAGGCGAAAUGUUGCUUUACGUCUCAGGCAACCGAUAAUUUUGGCUUUGGAAUUACUAUGGCCCGUGGCUAUUUUUCUUGUUGUGAUGUCUACACGGAUUGCAAUUCCACCAGUGGCUCAACAAACAUGUCAUUACAAGGCUUGGGCUCUACCGUCAGCUGGAGUUGUAUCAUUCGUACAGUCAAUGAUCUGUAACAUUGACGAGUGCCAAAAUAAAUCUGAAUACGAAAGCAUUCCUACAUACAAGGGAUCAAGUGUACAAGAGCUGGUGGCGAAUACCCUGCCGCUGAUAAUGGAUGAGAGCAUAACGGAAUUGGUACAAGCACUGCCAAAAGGAAUGCGGCUCAUGAGAGUGGCUGUUGACGCUUUAUCAGGACCAGAUUUAUCUGCUCUUCUCGACGAUGGAUUUCCUGUUCGGAAUCUUCUUAAAGAUUCUAAUCAAACAAGAGAAAUUCUACAAAAAAUAAAUCUAACAGAUGAAGAAAUAGAAAAUAUUUUAAAUUCGUCAAUACAACUUCCACAAAUUCUAGAACUUUUAAACCAAAAUAACUUCUGUGAUACAAGCCAAGAUUCCGAGUCUUAUUCUACAGAACUCUUGACCAAACUUGUGAAGCGGUUAUGUAAUUUGGACAGCGCUGGUCGUAAGGAGUUUUUUGGUCAACUCAAGAAUCAAUUGGAUGUCAAAAAUAUUGUUAAAACGAUGGGUUUAGCAAUGUCUGAAUUAGGUCGACUCGACAUUAGUAAAAUCUUAGAAAAUAUCGGAGGCUUGUUGGUCAGUUUGCAAUCAUCUAAUAUUCUUCAAGAAGAUGUUCUGAGUACGGUCACCAACCUUUUGGAAGAAAUUCAAUUCGACCAAAUUGAUACAGAAGUGAACACAGUCCUGAGUUUAAUUGAAACUGGAGUUAAUAUUUUAAGAAUCGUUCCACAUAAAACGUCUAGUCAAGCUCAUAAGGCGAUAAACUACAUCAAACUAUUAACUGAUCUCACAGAUGGUGAGUGA